AUGUCUCAAAAAUAUCUAACCCUUUUGGAUGUCUUAUGUAGGGCAGUCGGAGCAGGCGUGAUCAUUAGGAGUUCAUCCAUGGAGGAUAUAUGGGAAUGGUUUUCUCAUCCUUCCCCAGAGGGAGAUCAGCCAUCAUCAGAGUCUCUAGCCUCAGCCCAGCCUUCCAUUGUGUAUGCUUCAGAACCCCGAGUGAUCUACACCCCUAGAAAAUCCAUUCCCAUUCCAUCUCGAAAAGAGCAGCCUCACCCAAAUCAUCCCCAAAUCCAUACAAGAAACCUUGCCCUACCCAUAAAUGGACACUUCAAGUGGAUGAGUGGAUCCAGGAGGACAACAUUGGCCACUAUGAGAUUGGAGAGUCAUCCCAGGCUGAUAUUGACCGACACCGUCAGAGGUUUAGAUGAGAGGAGAGAUCAUGAUGAGAAAAGAAUCCUCCAUGCUUAUGAUCACCUAGAGGAGAACCACUCUAAAGUGCAACAUCAACAAAUUAAGAUUGAGAGUCUCGAUCAACACAUGAGAGAGGCGAAGUUAAGAUUAUUGGUCUCAGAAAUAGGAGCGACCACUCUGGAGGCAAUGAUUGGGUGCCUCCAACAGCAGUUAGCCCAGAUAGUGAUUUGGUUGGUAGUUUACUUUAGGUUGUGGUAG